UGUUCUCCACGGCUGUGUUGGAGUUUCCCACUAAAAAUGUACAUUGUACACACGUUGUUAAUACGCAUUGUGUAUUUACGCUAUUCGGCAUGCAUCGUGAUCAGGUAACGUAUACUCGCACACUUAAACUUUCAGCCGAGUUGACAAAGAUUGGUUCAUAUGACCCAUGGGAGAAAUUCACACCGGCCAAUAUUAGCAGAAACCUGAAUGGGCGGACCGCCUUUUACCCCCCAAACCCGACUGCUCCGGUAAUGGUGGAUUCUAUGGGGUCUUCAUACACAGCUGUUACAUCAAGUUCCUCUUCUAUCGCUGUCACAACUUCACAUGCGCCAUCUUUCACCCCAGUGGCAUUCGCUGCUAGCGAGGAUGCGGAGUCCUUAAAACGAGAGAUGGAACGUCGUCGUUGGAAAGCCGAAUUGGAUGAGCAGGUGCGGCAACGGCGUCUUUUGCAGGAAAAACAGCGUCUUGAAGAUUGCAGACCUCAUGUUGCCAUCCAUGCGCCGAUUCAACGCCUACCGUCUGUUUCUGCAUAUGAGCCUCCUAGCUCCACUCCAUCUGGCAGCGCGAAAGCAUUCCCAUCCGACUCCACUCAUCCGCAUCCUUCGGACAGCCAUUUCCUGCCAUCCACCUUGGUUCCUGAUGUCAUGUACCCUAUCCCUGCACCUGUUAUGAAACCACAAUUUCCUCCCACGAGGUUGUCCGAUCAAAACUCUAACGCUGAGCUUCAUUUCCAUCGUACACGUGGAUUCACCCACGAACUAUACUCUAGCCCAGCGGACGAAGCCGCGCGAAUGCGUCGGGCGCAAGAAAUUUCUCGAAUUAAUUUGGAACAGAUAGAAGAGAAGCGUCGUCAAAAGGAGGAGGAAAAAGCUAGGCGGUUGCGUGAAGAGAGAUUAGAGGAGGCGCGGUUGGAACAGGAACGUGCUAGGCUAACUGCCAUUGCUGAGGCCGAGCUACGGGAGCGGCAAGUACGAGAGGCCGAAGAGGAUGAGAAGAACAAAAUCUUGAUUGAUGCACUCCAGCGAGCCAGAGAGGAAGCUACGAUACAAAAACGACAGAUGCUCUUUGAACGUCUGCAUUCUAAGGGACAGGAGCUGUGUGAACAGACGGAUUAUGGAUCCUCGAAUCAUCGCUUGAUGUCAUCUCCAAAAUGCGUCGAAUCACCUGCACAACGAAGCACUUCGCAUUCUCCACAGCUUUCGAAGCAACAGUCGACCCAAACAAGUUCUUCACCUGGAGUGCAUCGCUCGGUUCCGGAUGUGGUUCCUUCUGUGGUGACUCUCGAGGAGGCUGCGUGUCAAACAGCCCCUUGUGAUGGGACGAAGAUGCUUCACGCUUCUUCAUCGAAGACGACUUCCAAAUCGUCUGUAGCCACGCGUGCCAGACGUGAAGCGUCGAAAAUCGGGGGCCGCACUCGCGAUCAUCAAAACUCCCUCACAAAGCCGACGAAACUGCUGGCUUCGGGGUCUCAGGCGAAGACGCACCUGUCGUGUACCACUGAUGAUCUGGGUAUGGCUCCUCGUCUCUCAGCGGCUCCUUCCAAUAAGUUUGUAAAACCACAUGAUUCAUCAGCAUCUGUUGGCUCGGGUGUAGCUCGCUUGGGCAGCACAUACACCCGUGCCUCUACUGGACCCUGCGGUCCAAGGGAAGUAUCUGGAGCAAACUGCAUGUCGCGUUGCGGUCGGAUGUCGGACAUUGCCAAGCCAUCUAUUGGGCAAAAUGCAUCCACGGCCGUGCGCUGUGCAUCAGAUUCGGGAUAUCCAAGUUACUCGUCACUGGAGAAGUCGCGUACCCGUAUUCCCGUUCCUGUUGCAAACCGGUCGUCUAGCACCAACCAAAGUCGACCCAAUCUGCUCACUCCCAUACCCUCUAGUCCGCCUUUGUUGGAUCGCGGUUCAGAUGUCCACCCACCCACGUAUCAAGCCCUCAACUUGAUCCGAACUGAUGAUGUUUUGCCUCCAAAGCAGGAUACUGGCGCUGUGGGAGGCUCCUUUUACAAAGAAACGCACUUGGGGCACGGGGCGGAACCAUGCUCAUUGUCUUCUCGUCGCCGUGAAAACUUUUUUGCUUCACCUGGAACUCGCCGGCGCACUAUCGAAGAUCGUCUGGACACACAAAUUUAUUUCAGCAGUCUUUCACCAUUCCCUCUUGCAUCACACUUGAGCGACCCUCGCUUUGUCCUCGAAAGAAGCCAUGCGAACAAUCUCUUGACCACCAUCCUUCAUGGUUUGGUCAGCCGAGUAAUCUGGAUAUAUCCCUCUUCACUAAGAAACCGAAUACACAACUUUCAUCUAACUGAAAAUCUACUUGUCGGCGUCACCGUGAUCACAUCGUCCGAUGACACCCACCGCACUUUCAACUGGUCUCAGGGUACAGAGCUUCUUGGCACGGAAACCGGCCUCUCCAUGCGUUCUGCUCAUCAUUCGAAUUCUCCCGAACCCGCUGACAUCACUGCCAUUUGCAUCUGUCCCGUCAACGGUGAAUUGUGCUCAUUGCCAUUGUUACAUUCGGCUGAAGUACGCAUUCCUUCCAAUGCCUGCUCCCCUAACACUACUGUCACAUUUGAGCAAGUCAUCGACGUGCUCGCCGAUUCGCUCCUCCACGAAGCAUCCACUCCGAAAAAGACGUAUGAUGACCACUUACACGAUCAGCCACCCGAUUUGCGAGCUGCCCGUGAAAUUAAAACGACCACCACCCGCCCUUGGAUAACUUCAUCCGAUAUUCCGUACAAGUCAAUUCCAACAGUAGUCGUACUGCACUCAAAUUACUUUGCUUCUAGCAGGACGGGACCGCUUUCCACAAUGUCCACCUCAUCCCUGAGCAAUUUGUCCAGUCAGCGUGCCGAACCGUAUUCCGGAUUGAUACACGAGCUCAACCUUCGUCUCCAAACGUUAUUCAACGAACUGACUCACUCGCUACCCACUUCAUCCUCGUCGCCAAGCUCGAAUACCACACCAGUUGAGCUAACAACUCACUAUUUCAACACAGUCUACCGUUUUUUGGCCCCACAUCAUGAAUAUACAAUUGGUGAACCGUAUCACCUGCUCCUAUCAUAUAACCGAUGUUCGCUCGACCCUCACGCCAUCCAACCUCCGCUUACCUUAGCCGAACAAGUGUUAAUCUCACGCUGGGAAUCUCUUCUGUCCAUUCGAGCCAAGCACACUUCUCUUUGUCACCUUGACGAGCCUCUAAUACAAAGCUUCACGCAAUCAAUCCCGUUCCCCGCAUCGGUGCGUCACGAAAUCAUGCAGCUUUGGCGUUGGCUUUGUUCUUUGGAUAUGGAACAACAUUUACAUCUUUCCAAAUGGGUUCCAUGCACAAAUUCUACCAUGUCCAUCGACCCACACUGGGAGCCAAGCCAUGCCUCUCUAGUCCCAUCCAUUACCCUAUGCCGGAGACCUUCCGGGGAUUUUGUGUCUUUCAACCAAAUGCAAUCAAGCGAAUUGGCUCUUAUGCUGGAUCGCUUACGCUCCGUGUUUCACAAUCUUCCCACUCCCCGGUUGAUCACUCUACUUGGGGGUUCCUCCACGUCAGAUCCCACUCCAGAUGAUCGUAGCUUCUUUCAAACUUUGUGCACUUUCUUUGACGGACUUUAUUGAGGAGGUUUGUCUCCUUCUACCUCAUCCGCCUCUUACUGCGCAUCACUGUGAUUUAUAACUCCGAAGGUUGCCGCUUCCUUCUCAUCUCAGUGUGAAAUAAAUCUCAUACCUAUGCUGCUUA